AUGUCUGAACAUGCCCCCAGCAGCAACGCUGCCGAGGGCUCUAUGGACCUGUCUCUAUCUGCCCAGGCUCUAGCUUCGUCGUCCCCCGCGGUGCGCAUUGCUGAGCUGCAUCUUGUGGGAGAGGCAGCGGCUCGGAAAGCAUCUGACGACGAAUUCUCCUCCAAGGUUCUACAACUCCUCUUUAAUACCCAUGCGGCGUACCAGGAUCGCGAGUCUCGGCUGGCAGCCCAGAAAUGCCUGGUGUCCCUCGUCACGAGAGAGGCUAGUUCCUCAACACUGCAGCUAUUGGUGAAAACUCUACGACAAGAGUCCUCGAAGCAGGGUAUUGCUACGUCUAGCGCCUUUGUCUUGGUCGAGUGGUGCAGCGCUCUGCUUCAAAGCCUAUCCGAGCCUUCGUGGAAAGAAUCUGGAAGUGAAAUUCUACUGGCAUAUGCAGAUGUCCUGGAGAAAUGUCUACGGCCCUCUUCGAAGCCUACGCUGGCGCAUUCAGCCAUAAUAGUCACUCGAAGGGGAUUUCGAAAGCUUUUCAACUCCCCAACCCUGGGGCCCCAGAAUUUAACUGAUGCUGUGACGAAUUUAACGUCCAAACGUAGUACGCCAUCGGCAAAAAACUCUGUUAUUUUGGGAAUCAUCGCCGGAGUUGGUGCUCGUCGGCCCGCAGUACGACCUACGCUGGAAACUCAUAAGCCCUUGUAUUACGAAUUUUACAAUCGCGAGAUCCUGGGCUCUAGGACUACGCUGCCAGGACACAUCUCCGCCGGACUGGGCGACUUCUUUUCAAGCUUUGCGAUACUCGAUGAAUUUCAGACUCAAGUUACUCCAGCUCUGGAGAAAAGCUUGCUUCGUACGCCGGAAGUCAUUUUGGACGGUGUUCUCCAAAACUUGGUGAAGGAUUUGCCUACCGAAAUUGAUCUCUCAGACUUGCUGGCCGGUAAGCUCCUGAAGCAGUUACUUUCAAACGUCAAAUCUACCAAUGCUUUGAUACGCGCCGGAGUUAUCUCUUCCUUCCGUGCCAUUAUUGCAAAAUGCCACAACGCAGGUUCAGUCGAUCAAAUUAUCGAGGAGAUCGGAAGCCCCCUGAAAACGGGCAAGCUGGCCUCCGCUGACCAGCGCAUUCUCCAUGCAGAAAUGCUAGAAGCUGUUCCCCUGUCUUGUCCAAAUGCCCAAAAGAUGUCCACUAUUUUGGCAGCUGUUACUGGCAAGGAAGGAAACGAUGUAGCCCUGGCCGCCGAGACAUUGACACUCUGUCGAGCUAUCAAUGUAUUGAUUAAGGGCGACAGCGAAAUCUCGCAGCCCGUCCUAAGCGCUUUGCUCAAAGGAUUGGCAGAUAAGAAGGCAACAACUCGCAAAAUUUGGCUUCUUCGUGUCGGUUCCGUCUUCCGAACCAUAGAUGGCCUGGACACGAACGCUGCGUUGACCUCGUUCACGGAAGCGGUUAUUCCAAAAUUUAUCGAUAAUUUCAAUGAAGUUGUUGCCAAUCCUGCACUGACUGCCCAGAGCGGGACGAUAGUUGGAGCGUACAUUCUCACAGCUCUACUCCCUGUUCUGAAACAAUGGUCCACUGGCUCGAAGAUCGGAGCGGAUCUGUUGAAGUUGUCGACUUCAUCUCCUGCUCUAGCCUCAUCACAGUCCUUUCUUUUGAACCCUAAAAUAUUCAGUAAGAUUGGGAGUGAGGAAGACUUCGAUUGGCUCCGUCUUGCUCUGUAUUCUGCUGCAGCGGGCCUAAGCACCCACACCGCGAAAGAUAUCGUUCUUGCGUGGUCAGAGGCCAUGAUAUUUAUCGUUACAGUCUCAACUGUACCGUCAAACGUGCGACAAGAAAGUGCCAAAUCCCUCACCUCUCUUUAUGCUCAGAGCCCUAGCAUUAUAGCAGAUAUCGUUAUCAAUGGCCUGUGGACGCAUGUGACGCAGACUAUCAACGUCGGAGAUAAAGAUUCGACCACGGAGACGCGUGAUUUGAUUAAAGUUAUCAAGUCGAUUUGUAUUAGCUCCAAAGAGUUGGAGGCACUCGGGGGUAGCAUCUCGCAAGAGAUGUUGGAGCAGCAAGCUUGCUCUUUACUCGUUAUCUGCCGUACGGAGCUGAUACCUCGAGCUAAUUGGAUAGACUCCUGUAUUCGAAUGGGAGUUGACCCUGGAAAACUCGCCACGAAAUACGCCGACAUAUUACUGAACGAGAUCAGCGAGCGUACGUCUGUCAAUCAAAAGGUCAAUGCCAUUCGGAUUGCUGCAUACAAUGCAGCAGCAGAACUGGCCUUCGUUGCUCCAGAAACUAUCAUCCCUCGAUUACAAGAUCUUAUAACUCAAGAUCUAGAUCCGCAACCGGUAAAGGCAAUUGGACCGGUUGACGCUGCAAUUUUCAGGACUCAAGAAGGUACCUGCUUCGUGGAUGUCCUGAGCAAAAAAGGCCAAAACGACGCUCCAAAUAAGAAUACCAAAGAUUACGAUAUUGUGAAGUGGGAAAAGGAACUGAGAGACCAACUUGAGAAAAAGAAGGGCCCACAAAGAAAGCUCACUGCUGAGGAAACGUCUAAAGUGAACACUCAGUUAAAGAAAGAGUCUCAGAUACGAGCGUCAGUUCAAGCGAUCGAAGCCAAACUUCUCCGCAGCAUCGGGAUUAUACACUCGUUGGCGGUUGGACCACCCACUGAUGCGUCACUUUGGCUUGGUUCAGCCAUCAACUCACUUCUUGCUGUUAUGGAAGCCGGCGCGAACCUCAUUAUAGGCGAUGCCGCCUCCAAAGUCUACAUCACCUGCGCUGAGAAAGUGAGUUCUAGGUUGGGAGCAACUCGCUCUGCUAUUGGGAUUGCGACGCUCAGGCUUCGAGGAUUAUCUUUCGAGGGGACAUAUGGUGAUGAAUCACUCGCCGACCUUGCAACAAGGGUACUGUAUCGUCUCCGCUUUACUGGCGAGCAGCGGCCGUUUGAUGCGGUAUCACUAAUAUACAUCUUCCCACUCCUCUUUCAUGUCUUGAGAGAGGGGGGUGUUGGAGAGACUUUAGAUGAUCGGGAUACUCAGAUUGUGCUGGCUGUGGAGUUUACCUCAUUUCAUAGCAUUACUUUUGCUGAUGAAUCGAUACCUCGUACAGAGCUGCUGGAUGUCCUUAUUCAUUCAAUGCAAAGCCAUGCUCAACAUUACAAAAUCAUCAAAGAUUGCUUUUCCGACAUCUGCCGAUGCGUCGCACCUAACAUCACUACUGAUGAAAUGCUGGUCCUUUCUCGGGGGGUCACAGUGCCACAAGCAAAUGUCAGGACUGCUGUUUUGCAGUCCAUCAGUGCAGAUAUUGAUAUGAGUGAACUCGGCUACAGCAGCGAGAUUUGGCUUGCAAGCCAUGAUGACAUUGAAGAAAACCAAGAGCUCGGAAUGGAGAUAUGGGAAGAGAGCGGGUUCAAACUUAAUGCUGAGGUGCCCAUGCUCAUGGUGCCGUUCUUGAAAAGCAAAGACGGACAGCUCCGUCGAGCUGCAGCACGUUCACUCUCCAAGGCAGCGGAAAUUGACAAGAAGAGCCUUCUGACUGUGAUUCCAACAUUGCAGUCUAUCUAUUUGGAGAUGGCAAAGCCAAAAGUCCAACUUCUUGACGAAUUCGGGAUGCCAAAGAAAAUGGACUUGUCUGACCCGUGGGAAGCGAGGCAUGGUAUAGCAACCGCCAUCAAAGAACUGGCAAACAUCUUGGAGCCUUCACAAGUUGGUCCCUUACUCGAUUUUCUGAUCCAGUCUGGACCUCUGGCAGACAAAAAUGCCUCGGUUAGAACAGAAACACUUGAUGCUGCUAUUCGAGUCAUCGAGUUCCAAGGAGGCAACAUCAUUGAUGAGCUGAUGAAGAAGUUCGAAAUGACCCUGGAGCAGCCUGACAAGAAUAGCGACGAAGUGGAUCGUGUCAACGAGGCGGUGGUUAUUAUGUAUGGUGCCCUGGCUCGCCAUCUCCGUCCGGGGGACAAGAAGAUCCCCGUUGUGAUUGAACGUCUCUUGGCAACCUUGAGUACCCCAUCUGAGAUGGUCCAAUAUGCCAUUGCCGAAUGCUUACCUCCUCUGAUCAAAGCGUAUCCGUCAAAGUUGUCCGAAUAUAUACAGCAGAUGAUGCACGAGCUUCUGAAUUCCAAAAAGUAUGCUACUCAACGAGGAGCCGCCUACGGCCUGGCAGGAUUGAUCCUUGGUAGCGGCAUAUCUACUAUCAAGGAGCUCCGAAUCAUGUCAGAUCUCAGGGGAGCUAUGGAGAAUAAGAAGGAUUCACACCAAAGAGAGGCUGCUCUUCUAGCGUUUGAACUCUUUUCUACUAUGCUAGGCCGCCUUUUUGAACCAUAUGUCAUCCAAAUAGUGCCGUUGCUUCUUAGCGGAUUUGGAGAUGCCAAUGCAGAUGUCCGAGAUGCUUGCUUGGCAGCAGCGAAAGCUUGCUUUGGUAAGCUAAGCUCGUAUGGUGUCAAAAAGAUCAUGCCAACACUUUUGGAGGGACUCGAUGACCAGCAAUGGCGUAGCAAGCGAGGUGCUUGUGACCUUCUCGGUGCAAUGGCGUACCUUGAUCCAAACCAACUCGCGACUAGUUUACCGGACAUCAUUCCUCCCUUAACCGGUGUGCUUAACGAUAGUCACAAGGAAGUGAGGGCCGCCGCCAACCGAAGCUUGAAGAGAUUCGGCGAUGUCAUUAACAACCCGGAAGUAAAGAGUUUGGUGGACGUGAUAUUGAAAGCUCUCAGCGACCCAACCAAGUACACCGACGAGGCAUUGGAGUCAUUAAUCAAGGUUCAGUUUGUGCAUUACCUUGACGCACCCUCUCUGGCCUUGAUCACCCGCAUCCUGCAACGUGGUCUAGGCGAUCGCUCCAACACAAAGCGCAAGGCAGCGCAGGUGAUUGGCAGUCUAGCCCAUCUGACAGAAAAGAAAGACAUUGUCAUGCACUUACCGGUCCUCGUUUCCGGGCUCAAGAUUGCUGCUGUUGACCCGGUACCAACAACUCGAGCGACAGCAUCCAGAGCUCUCGGCUCCUUGGUUGAAAAACUGGGAGAGGACUCAUUGCCCAACUUAAUUCCCGAGUUGAUGCAGACUUUGAAAUCUGAUACUGGCGCCGGUGACCGACUGGGAUCCGCACAGGCUUUGAGCGAAGUCCUAGCAGGUUUGGGCACGAGCAGACUCGAGGAAACUUUGCCAACCAUUCUUCAGAAUGUAGAAUCCUCUAAGCCUGCAGUCCGCGAAGGUUUCAUGUCUCUCUUCAUUUUCCUCCCGGUUUGUUUUGGCAAUAGUUUUUCCGCGUAUCUGGGCCGUAUAGUCCCUCCUAUUCUCGCCGGUCUGGCGGAUGAUGUGGAGUCUAUUCGUGAAACAGCCCUUCGCGCGGGACGACUGCUUGUUAAAAAUUUUGCAAUUCGAGCUGUCGACCUUCUUCUGCCUGAAUUGGAGCGAGGAUUGGCGGAUGACAGUUACAGAAUUCGUCUUAGCUCCGUUGAGCUUGUUGGCGAUCUUCUCUUCAACCUCACAGGUGUGAAAGCUGGUGCCGAACCAGGAGACGAGGAAGAUGAGACUGCUAAAGAGGCAAGUGCUUCCUUGAAGGAAGUACUUGGGGAAGAGAAGCGAAACAAGAUCUUGUCAACUCUUUAUAUUUGCCGAUGCGACACUGCUGGAGCGGUUCGUUCCGCUGCGAUUUCAGUGUGGAAAGCUUUGGUCCACAGCCCCAGGACAUUGAAGGAACUGGUGCCAACGCUUACAAGUCUUCUGAUUAGGCGACUUGGAAGCUCGAACAUGGAGCAUAAAGUUAUUGCCAGUAACGCGCUCGGUGAGCUGAUUCGGAAAGCUGGCGACGGUGUCCUUGCCACUCUCCUACCAACUCUAGAGAUGGGAUUACAAACUUCAACAGAUACGGAUGCAAAGCAGGGCAUAUGUCUUGCUCUGCGUGAGCUCAUUUCAUCUGCGUCACCAGAAUCUCUUGAGGACCAUGAUAAGACGCUCAUUUCUGUUGUCCGCACUGCACUCAUUGACUCAGAUGCGGAGGUUAGAGAGGCUGCCGCCGAGGCUUUUGACUCCCUUCAACAGAUCUUUGGCAAACGGGCAGUUGAUCAAGUUCUUCCUUUCCUGCUCAAUCUCCUGCGAUCCGAGAAUGAAGCAGAUAAUGCUCUAUCGGCACUUCUCACGUUGUUGACUGAGGCUACCCGGUCCAACAUCAUUCUGCCCAAUCUCAUCCCAACUCUAACAACUCCACCGAUAUCAGCGUUUGAUGCAAAGGCCCUGGCUUCCCUAUCCAAGGUUGCUGGCGCAUCUAUGAACCGUCGUCUCCCCAACAUCAUUCAGUCAUUGAUGGAGAAUGAGAUCAAUUGCAGCGAUGACGGUUUACGUGAGGAGCUGGCGACAUCAUUCGACACCGUGAUCCAGUCAAUUGACGAAUACGAUGGCCUCAAUACUGUGAUGAAUGUUCUUCUCAGUCUCCUUAAGCAUGAAGAUCACCGGCGGAGAGCUGCCACAGCUCGACACAUGGGUAACUUCUUUGCUGUUUCCAGUGUGGACUACUCUCGUUAUAACCAGGAUAUUAUUCGAUCUCUAUUGAACUCGUUUGAUGACGGAGACUCGGAUGUGGUGAAGGCUUCUUGGGCUGCUCUCACCGAAUUCACGAAGAGGCUUAAGAAGGAAGAAAUGGAAUCGCUCGUUUUGUCAACUCGACAAACACUUCAGCGUGUUGGCGUUGCGGGUGCUAACUUGCGGGGAUUCGAGCUUCCUAAGGGAAUCAGUGCUAUACUACCAAUCUUCCUACAGGGCCUCAUCAACGGGACUGUUGAUCAAAGAGUGCAAGCGGCACUUGGUAUCUCGGAUAUCGUGGACCGUACAAGCGAAGCGUCGCUGAAACCAUUUGUUACUCAAAUCACAGGACCGCUCAUUCGUGUAGUAUCAGAACGUGCUACGGAGGUUAAAUCGGCUAUUUUGCUCACGCUCAACAACUUACUCGAGAAGAUGCCAACGGCGCUUAAGCCUUUCUUACCUCAACUCCAGCGCACUUUUGCCAAGUCUUUAGCGGACACAUCUAGCGAAGUUUUGAGGACCAGAGCUGCAAAAGCUUUGGGGACUUUGAUCAACUACACGCCUCGAAUCGAUCCUUUGAUAACUGAGUUGGUUACAGGAGCAAGGACAACUGAUCCAGGUGUGAGGACGGCAAUGUUCAAGGCACUGUAUGAAGUUGUCAGCAGAGCUGGGGCAAACAUGGGCGAAUCCUCCAGAUCAGCUAUCCUGUCGUUGAUUGACUCGGAUGCUGAUGAGAAAGAUGAUGCCAUGGUGGUAACCAAUGCAAAGCUUCUCGGUGCCUUGAUUAAGAAUGUGGCCGAGGAUGUUGCCAUAAGCCUGCUACGGAACAGAGUCAUUACUCCUCAGUCAAGUCACUCAUCUACAUUGGCUUUGAACUCUGUGUUGGUUGAAUCGCCGAGUAUCUUGCAGUCAAAUGGUAUCAUCGAUGAGCUGCCAAGCUUGCUCUGUGGGGGAAUGAGUGAUAAAAGACCUUAUAUUGCGGAUAAUUUCAUUCUCGCCACGGGAAAGCUUCUGCUCUCAUCACCCCCUAAGGCAUUCGAUGAUAUCAAGCAGAUAUUCGAGACAUUGGCAGUUGUCGUCCAACCUGGAAAUGCCACAGACUCGCGACGGCUGGCGCUGGUAAUCAUUCGAACAUUGAGCAGGAAAAACGCCGAUUUAGUACGGCCUCAUGUGUCACUUUUGGCACCACCGAUUUUCGCGAGUGUUAGGGAUCCAGUGAUACCCGUGAAGCUAUCUGCUGAAGCUGCAUUCAUUGAGUUAUUCAGCGUCGCAGAUGAAGAGGGCCGGAUAUUUGAUAACUAUAUGGCAGGCCCGGGCAAUGAUCUACCGCCGAAUGUUAAGAGAAGCAUGGGCGACUACUUCAAACGAGUUGCCAUGAGGCUUGGCGUUCAAGCUAGGGAGCGGAGGGAGGCUGAAGGUGGACAAGGAAGCUUAGGCCUGUCGAAUGAUGAGGUUGAAGAUGAGCGGGAGAUAUGGAGCGUGGGGAAACAUUCUGGCAUUGUAUUUAAGAAUAGGUUGGUGCACGUGAACCCACAAACUUUGAGCAGAACUGCUACGAGCCUCCGGAAAUUCUGGCCUCGUAAACCCUCCCCCCAAACUUCAUCCAACCUCAUCGCCAUCGAGGGCCGGCCAUCAAUACCGAAAUUAUUCAAGAUGGUCAACCUGCGAACUCAGAAGCGCCUUGCCGCGUCGGUCAUUGGCUGCGGCAAGCGCAAGAUCUGGCUUGAUCCCAGCGAGCAGAGCGAGAUUUCAAAUGCCAACUCUCGCCAGACCAUCCGAAAGCUCGUCGCCGAUGGCCUCAUUAUUCGAAAGCCGGUGACGAUGCACUCGCGAUCCCGCGCCCGCGAGCUCAACCUUUCCCGAAGAGAAGGCCGACACCGUGGAUUCGGUAAGAGAAAGGGUACUGCCGACGCUCGUAUGCCCACUCAGGUCCUCUGGAUGCGCCGCCUUCGAGUCCUCCGACGCCUUCUGGUCAAGUACCGCGCCAGCGGCAAGAUCGACAAGCACCUCUACCACGAGCUCUACCACCUGAGCAAGGGUAACACAUUCAAGCACAAGCGUGCUCUGGUUGAGCACAUUCACCGUGCCAAGGCCGAGAAGCAGCGUGAGAAGGCCCUGAAGGAUGAGAUGGACGCCAAGCGUGCGAAGACCAAGGCUGCCCGUGAGCGCAAGUUGGAGAGAGUGGCGGCGAAGCGAAAUGCUCUGCUGGCGGAUGACGAGUAA